AAUGUAAACAUGUGAUCAUUCGUUCAAAAACAAUAACACACGUGAUCCUAGAUUUUGCAGUCAUCGGGAGAACAAAUCCUUCAUGCAAACUGCACCUACUAUCAAGAAGAAGAAGAUCCUAGAUUUGGGCAUGGUAGAUGAUACAGAAAGCAGUACAAUGUCUGUCACAAAUCCUUUUACUGCGGCAGCAUUAAGACCACAAGUCAGUAGAAUAAAUAUGCCUGGAAGAUCGACCCCAGCCAGCAUACUAGCAGAAGGUCUCCAGACACUAGCAAUUUUAGCUAAAGAGAACCUUCAUCGUGAAUAUUUUAAAAUAAACUCGGCUCUCCAGAAAAAAUGUGAAUAUAUGAAGCGAAGUUUAAAUAUUGAGGACCUAAAUUAUCUGAAGCCUUCAAACAAGAAAGGAAAAGGAGAAAAUUACUGCAGGAUUAUUGAAAUCAAUCAAACACAACGUUCAAACUUAUCAGAAGCCCUUCUGCCUGCUUCUCUUUCACCUCCACACAUUCAAAGUUCUGACUUCUCAACUAGUGUACCAACAUAUACUCAAACAUAUUUACCAGCUGCAGAACAAACACCAAAAUCAUUGAAUUCUGUACUUGCUGCAGAACUGGAGGAAAUUUAUGAAUCUCAAGCAAGCAUUUCUGAUUGGCAAAAAAGAAGAAAAAAUAGUGAGAUUAAAUGGGGAGAACGUAGGUCAAAGUUGGGUGUUCCAGAUAAAGGUAAAUAA